AUGACGGAAAAACUGAAAAAUAAAACAAAAAAAGAUAACUUUACAACGAUAAAUGACAAAGAGCAAAAAUUGUCGCAAGAACCAGCAGACAACAAACUAACGUACAUACGCAAAGAAAAAAAUAUGGAAAAAGAGGUAAAAACAACCAGCACACCAUUGAUAAACAAAGUGGCAGCAACACAGAGGAAACCCAAGCUGGCAGAACAUUUGGGAUUCCAACUAGCGCAGAAUAGCAAGGCUGUGGAGAGAGCAGAAAAAGAGAGAGAGCGGAAAGCUAGGGAGGCAAUAGAGGAAUUGGCAAUGGCAGCAACACCUGACGGAGACAAAGAAGGUUUAGAGAGAUCGGAAUAUAAAAGAGGGGUAAAGGACCAGCAGAGGGAGAGUAGAGCCACAGAGGAAACCAAUGGCAACGCCUCACCUAAAAAUAAUAAUGGAAAUCAAGAGGAUGACCCCGAUAAACAGGAGUCUCAAGAUAACACAGAGAAAAAUCUUGAAGAAAACAGCAACGAACAAUAUGUAAACAAAAGAGAGGGAGAGAAUGGUGAACAGGGCACAUGGGAUACGAAGAGCGACAAAGAAAGCAAGAGAGAGAAAGAAAGAGAGAAGGCUGAUGUAGAGCGAAUCAUACCCCCGCCUAAACCUCCACCACCACUGAACACUAACACCAAUUGA